UCUACCUGCUGAAUGAGUCCUAGUAGUUAAAUACACUUCCACAUCACUCCUCUUAUCAUCUCUCGCCGGCAGUUACAAUGGCGGCGUUGACGGAAUCGCUGCUUCCCCUCAGAAUCAUGGAGGAGCAGCCUCUUCCUUCUUCCGCUUCUGCUUCUGCUUCUGCCCCUUCUCCUUCUUCAGGUGCUGAAUCCAACCCAUCAGACUGCGUCAUCUUCUUCGGUCUCUGCCUCGCUCUCGGAAUCGCUUGCAGGCACCUCUUGCGUGGAACCAGAGUCCCUUACACUGCUGCGUUACUCAUCAUUGGCAUUGCCCUUGGAUCAAUAGAAUAUGGUACUUCUCAUCAUCUGGGAAAGAUUGGAGAUGGAAUUCGUCUUUGGUCAGAUAUUGAUCCAGAACUUCUUUUAGCUGUUUUUCUCCCUGCUCUCCUUUUUGAGAGCUCAUUCUCAAUGGAAAUUCACCAAAUAAAGAGGUGUAUGGCACAGAUGAUCUUACUAGCUGGUCCAGGUGUUGUGCUUUCAACCUUUUUUCUUGGAACUGCUUUGAAGCUUACUUUUCCAUAUAACUGGACAUGGAAAACGUCACUUUUGCUUGGGGGACUUCUGAGUGCAACAGAUCCUGUUGCUGUGGUGGCCUUGUUGAAAGAGCUCGGUGCUAGCAAAAAGCUAAGCACAAUAAUUGAAGGGGAAUCCUUGAUGAAUGAUGGGACGGCUAUUGUGGUUUAUACCCUUUUCUAUCGGAUGGUUCUUGGAGAGACCUUCAACUGGGUUGCUAUAAUCAAAUUUCUUGCACAAGUUUCACUUGGAGCUGUAGGAUUGGGUGUUGCUUUUGGUAUAGCAUCUGUUUUGUGGCUUGGGUUUAUUUUUAAUGACACGGUGAUUGAGAUUUCUCUAACAGUUGCUGUUAGCUACAUUGCUUACUUCACUGCUCAAGAGGGUGCAGAUGUUUCUGGUGUUUUGACAGUUAUGUCAUUGGGGAUGUUCUAUUCUGCAUUUGCAAGGACAGCUUUUAAAGGUGAAAGCCAACAAAGCUUACAUUACUUUUGGGAAAUGGUUGCUUAUAUUGCUAAUACCUUAAUUUUCAUUCUGAGUGGAGUUCUUAUAGCUGAAGGGGUGCUUAAAGAAGAAAAUGCUUUUCAUCAUGGAAAAUCAUGGAUCUACCUCUUGGUUCUCUAUGCUUAUGUCCAGGUGUCUCGAUGCAUUGUAGUUGGAGCAUUAUUUCCUUUUCUAAGAUAUUUUGGAUAUGGUUUGGAUUGGAAAGAAGCUAUUAUUCUCGUCUGGUCAGGAUUACGAGGGGCAGUUGCCCUGUCACUUUCACUUUCAGUUAAGCGUUCGGGUGGAGAAUCUGCUGAACUGACUUCAGAGAUAGGAACGAUGUUUCUUUUCUUCACUGGUGGAAUUGUUUUUUUAACACUUAUAGUGAAUGGUUCAACUACACAGUUCAUUUUACACUUCCUUGACAUGGAUAAGUUAUCAGCAGCAAAGAGACGUAUCCUUGAUUUUACGAAGAAUGAAAUGUUGAACAAAGCAUUAGAGGCUUUUGGUGAACUUGGAGAUGAUGAGGAACUUGGACCAGCUGACUGGCCCACAGUGAAGAGAUAUAUCUCCUGUUUAAAUGACACGGAAGGUGAACAUGUGCACCCUCAUGGUCCGUCUGAAGGUGAUGGUAACAUGGAUCCUAUGAAUUUGAAAGACAUACGAGUACGCAUUCUGAAUGGUGUCCAAGCGGCUUACUGGGAGAUGCUUGAUGAAGGAAGAAUUACUACAACAACAGCUAAUAUUCUUAUGCUAUCAGUGGAAGAAGCAAUAGAUUUAGCUUCUUCUAAGCCUCUCUGUGACUGGGAAGGCUUAAAAGCUAAUAUACACUUCCCAAACUACUACAAGUUCCUCCAAUCUAGUAUGCUCCCAUCUAAGUUAGUUACCUACUUCACUGUGGAAAGGUUGGAAUCUGCAUGUUAUAUUUGUGCUGCAUUUCUUCGUGCCCACAGAAUUGCUAGACAACAAUUGCGUGACUUCAUAGGUGACAGUGAUGUUGCUUAUGCUGUUAUCAAUGAAAGUAUUGUAGAAGGAGAAGAAGCACGAAAGUUCCUAGAAGAUGUUCAUGUAACAUACCCUCAGGUUUUGCGUGUUGUAAAAACAAGGCAAGCAACAUAUGUAGUUCUAAACCAUUUAAUGGAGUACGUUCAAAACCUUGAGAAGGCUGGGAUAUUGGAAGAGAAAGAGAUGCUACAUCUUCAUGAUGCUGUCCAGACUGAUUUGAAGAAACUACUUAGAAAUCCUCCUUUGGUUAAGCUUCCUAAAAUAAGUAACAUACAUCCUAUGUUGGGUGCUCUGCCAUCUUCGAUUCGUGAAUCACUUGCAAGCAAUACCAAGCAAGUUAUGAAAUUGCGGGGUUUGACACUUUACAAGGAAGGUGCCAAAUCAAAUGGUAUUUGGUUAAUUUCUAAUGGAGUGGUGAAGUGGGAAAGCAAGAUGAUCAGAACCAAGCACCCUUUUUAUCCUACUUUUACUCAUGGGAGCACAUUGGGUCUUUAUGAAGUUCUGACUAGAAGACCAUAUAUAUGCAAUGUCAUCACAGAUUCCAUCGUGUUCUGCUAUUUUCUUGAAGCUGAUAAAAUAAUUUCAAUGCUCAACUCAGACCCUUCAUUGGAAAACUUCCUGUGGCAAGAAAGUGCUAUUUUCCUUUCCAAACUACUGUUUCCCCAGAAAUUUGAAAAACUAGCUAUGCAAGAUCUAAGAGCUCUUAUUGCUGAAAGAUCGGAAAUGACCAUAUACAUAAGAGGGGAAACAAUAGAAAUCCCUCACCAUUCAGUUGCCUUCUUACUGGAAGGAUAUGUGAAAACUCAAGGUCGACAAGAACUGGUAACUGCACCAGCAACCCUGCUUCCUUCACAUGGGAAUCAAAGCUUCCAAAACUUGGCAAUUUCGGGUACUGAGGAAGCUAGUUUUACUCAUCAAGGAUCUUGUUAUCUAGUCGAAACUAGAGCAAGGGUAAUCGUGUUUGAUAUGACAGCAUUUGAGGUUGAUGCUGCUCUUGUCAGAAGGUCAAGUUCCCGGUUAUCACCUGCCGUGGAUCAUUCCCAUAGAUCAUUCCGUAGAGAACACAGUGGUCUCAUGAGUUGGCCUGAACAUUUCUUUAAUCAGAAGCGCCAUAAGCAGAGUGCUGAAGGGGUUGGGCAACAAACCAUUAGUUUGUCUGAAAAGGCAAUGCAGCUGAGCAUUUACGGGAGCAUGGUGAACAUCCCACUCCAGAGAAGAAGUUUGUCGAUGAAUCGUGCUAGACCACCACCACCUCAGAGUCUGUCAUAUCCAAACAUGGCGUCGUAUCAAGACCGUCCGCUUACUUCGGUCAAAUCAGAAGGUGCUGCAACUGACAAGAAGGGUCAUCAAGUGACACGGUUCAACCAAGAUGUUACAAAUCCCCCUCCACAAAGCACAGAGCGUAGAGAGCAUCACAGAGAUGAUUCAAGUGAUGAUUCUGCUGUUGAAGAAGAUAUUAUCGUGAGGGUUGAUUCACCAAGCACGCUAUCUUUCCCCCAUUUAUGAGGGGGAAGAGGUGAAAAAUCAGUUGUUAUUAUUAUGUGUUUGUAUAAUAAGUUUUUACCGGUGUACUGUUUGUGUAAUAGGUUUUGCUUCUAUAUCUGCAGCAUUGUACAUAAGACCAAACCAUUAGAAUAAGACCACGAGAACUUAGCAAUUGGUCAUGAAAGCUCUAAAAACUAGGAUCUCAUUUUUCUUAGAAAAAAAAACAUAUUUGGAAAUGGCUAUUUACUUGAAAAUUUUGAAGUUGUCCUUGAAUUUGAAUUUGUUGUAAGAAUUAAAGGGAUGUGCACCAUCAGGUGUAAACAUAUUUUACACAGUUAUCCAAUUGAAUUCUGCCACAUCAUAAAGAA